CAAGAUCUAAACCAUGAGUGGCCGCGGAAAGACCGGAGGCAAAGCCAGAGCCAAGGCAAAGACCCGCUCCUCCCGAGCUGGACUCCAGUUCCCAGUCGGUCGUGUUCACAGGCUGCUGCGUAAAGGAAACUAUGCGCAGCGCGUGGGAGCCGGAGCCCCCGUGUACCUGGCUGCUGUGCUGGAGUAUCUGACCGCUGAGAUCCUGGAGCUGGCUGGAAACGCCGCACGAGACAACAAGAAGACUCGUAUCAUCCCCCGUCACCUGCAGCUGGCUGUCCGCAACGACGAGGAGCUCAACAAGCUGCUGGGCGGAGUGACGAUCGCUCAGGGCGGCGUGCUGCCCAACAUCCAGGCGGUCCUGCUGCCCAAGAAGACCGAGAAGCCCGCCAAGGCCAAGUAGACCCCAUCACCUCCCUUCCACAACCACAACGGCUCUUUUAAGAGCCAAACACUUCUCACAAAGAGCUCUGAUAUUGAAAUUAUUUAAUGUAUUUAAUUAAUUAACUAAAGUAUUUUGUGUGCCAUGAUCUUUGCAAAGCAAAUAUUGUGUCAUGUAAGUAUUAAUGGUGUUGAAAAUAACUUCUUAGCAUUUCAGUUUUAG